GAACCAUCUACCCCACCCACCAGAACUAAACUGUCCAGAUGGGUUUGGUGACGGUUGUCGUUUUGGUGACAGUGGUCAAUGUUUGCUUGGGACUUUACCCAGAAAAGUUUCCGAGAUAUUAUUACCCUCAAGUUUACCACAACAAAGUAGCUGCCUGUGUUGGACAAUUCUUCUGUAAAUACUCACAUGACCAACCCGAGUGUCUGAACAAACAUGAAGUAUGUGAUGGCAUGAUGGACUGCAGUAACGGAGCUGACGAAAGGAACUGUCCUCCCCAGUGCGCCAAGAUGGGAAUGAUCAAUUGCCAGGACAGGAAACAUUGCGGCCGGCUGUGUGAUGGAAGUCCAGACUGUGGCGGCAUGGACGAUGAGAUGCACUGUCCUGCAGGCUGCUUCUGUCCCGAAAAUCACUAUUUGUGCAAGGACAUGAAGACUUGUGUAUCGAAGAAGCAACUCUGUGACGGCAAUAACGACUGUCCGGCUUGCGACGACGAGAACAAUUGCCCGGCUGAAUGCCAGUGUGGGGAACGUCAAUACCUGUGCAUGGGAAAGGAGAAAUGCAUCAACAUCAAACAGAUCUGUGACGGCGACGAAGACUGCCCUAUGGAUGAAGAUGAGACAUGCCGUGCUGGUUGUCGUUGUAAUAAGGGUCAAUAUUUGUGUGGAGCAGCAAAAGGAGCCGCAGAUGUCUGUAUCGGCCUUGAUCAAUUUUGUGAUUCGAAUGAUGACUGUCCCAAUGGAGAUGACGAAGAACUUAAAUGCAUCAGCGUUCCAUAAAUAUCAAAACUCGUUGUUUUAAUAAUUAAAAAUGACAUAAGCCU